AUGGGCCAGGGUACAUCAUAUGAGAACUAUGAGCAGAAGAAGGCGCUCAGCCAGUUCGAGAUGGAGGCGCUCGUAAAGAGCAAACGAGAGGGGAAGAACAAGGAUGUGUUCAUCAUCGACGUGCGUGACAAAUUCGAGGUGGACCAGUAUGGUUCCAUCCCGUUCUCUGUGCACAUCCCAUCGGGUGAAGUGCGCCAGGCGUUUCGCAUGAACGCGGCGGAGUUCCAGGGAAAGUACAACUCCCGCAUGCCGCGCAGGUCCGAGAAGAUGGUGUUCUACGACCAGCGCAGUGGCCGUGCCGCAACAGCUGUUGAGGUAGUGGAGCGGUUGGGCUACAAGAUCGCAACAUAUUUUUCGGAGGGGUUUCAUGGGUGGAGUCAGAAGGCUGAGCGGACACCCAAUGAGGAUCUUUGA